UAUAUAUCAUAUAUCUCCACAAACAUCAUAAACACAAUAACAACAACGUAAGACAGAUCGAGCUGAUGAUAAAGAUGGCAGCAAGAUACGCUAUUCCCAGAACUAUUCUAGCCUUACUUGUUGCUGCGAUGAUGAUGAGCAUUAAUAAUACGACAUGCGAAGCUACUAGGGUUCUUGAUGAAGACGAAGAAGAAUGGAUGAUGAGGAAAGAACAGCCGCGGCGGCUGCAGCCGCAGAAGCCGGAGCUUCUGUUGGCUUCUCUCCAGUGGCGCGAUGUUACUCCGCCGGGAUCAAAUCCCGGCACGAAUGCCGCCACUCUCGGCACCAAAAACUUCGCCGCCGGUAAUACCAACACACAUGUUCAUCACGGUCGCCGCCCUCCUCCGGCUUCUUCUUCUUCCGCCGCCGCGGCGUACCCGCGCCACACCAUCCAAUUCGGCGUCGCGGAGGAUGCUUCAAGUUAGGACCGGAAAAUAUUGGCGACCACUUCCACAGAGUUGUACAAGAACUAACUUACCUAUUUUUUAUUUAUCGGAACUUACUAUUUUUCCCCCAAAAAUAGGAAUCUUUAUUUUAUUUGCUAGGAAUUGUAUAAAAUAAGGGGAUGCUAACUUAUUAUAUUGUAUAUAGCUGA